AUGAGUGAUAACCAGGCCAAAUUUGUUUCUUAUAUCGAGGAGAACCAGAAAAAGCUGAUUGAUAGCCUAGCUGAAGUGGUUGCUAUCCCCAGUGUUUCGGGCGAUGCUUCAUAUCGCCAGGAUGUAUUCAAGAUGGGCGAGUGGCUCAAGAACAAGCUUUCGACUCUCGGCGCUGAUGUUUCGGCGCACGACUUGGGUAUGCAGGUCCUGGAUGGUAAAGAAGUACCCCUUCCUCCUGUUAUUGUAGGAUCCAUUGGCUCGGACUCAUCGAAGAAGACGGUCUUGGUGUAUGGCCACUAUGAUGUCCAGCCUGCUCUCAAGUCUGACGGCUGGAACACAGAGCCAUUUGAGCUCGUGCACGAUGAAAAGACUGGGUGUCUAUUUGGUCGCGGCUCAACCGAUGAUAAGGGCCCCAUUCUUGGAUGGCUGCACGCGAUUGAAGCUCACAAAGAGCUCGGUCUGGACCUUCCUGUGAACUUGAAGUUCUGCUUUGAGGGAAUGGAGGAGAGUGGCUCCGAGGGUCUUGAUGAGUUUGUUGUGAAGAACAAGGAUUCACUUUUCGCAGGUGUGGAUGCUGUCUGUAUUUCGGACAACUACUGGCUCGGCACGAAAAAGCCUUGUGUGACCAAUGGCCUCCGUGGCAUUGCGUACUUCAAGCUGGCCAUCUCCGGACCUGCUCGUGACCUUCACAGUGGUGUAUUUGGUGGUAUGGUUCAUGAGCCGAUGACUGAUCUUAUUAAAAUCAUGUCGUCGUUGGUGACGCCCCAGGGUGAGAUAACCAUUCCCGGUAUCAACGAGCAAGUGGCGCCUCUCACAGAUGAGGAGCGCAAGGUUUAUGACGUGAUGGACUUUGACAUUGCCUUUGUGGAUGAGGCAACUGGCAGCAAGACUACGGUGAGUGACAAUAAGCCUGAUGUCCUCAUGGCCCGUAUGCGCUACCCCAGCUUGAGUCUGCAUGGUAUUGAGGGUGCUUUUGCCGAGGCUGGCUCUAAGACUGUCAUUCCUCGGCGUGUUGUUGGCAAGUUCUCGAUCCGCCUCGUUCCUGACAUGGACCCAGGCAAGGUGAUUGAGUGCGUGGAGAAGCACGUGGAAAGUGAAUUCGCCAAGCUUAAGUCGAAGAACACAAUGAAGCUCUCACCUGACCACCCCGGCAAGCCCUGGGUUGCUGAUCCCAAGCACUGGAACUAUGAGGCAGCGUUCAAGGCGACGGAGAAGAUCUACGGUGUUCGCCCAGAUCUUACUCGCGAGGGUGGCUCCAUCCCUAUUACUCUUACGUUCGCUGAUGCUCUUCAGAAGAACGUCCUUCUGCUACCUAUGGGCCGCUCGGACGAUGGUGCGCACUCGACCAACGAGAAACUUGAUUUGUCGAACUACGUGAAAGGCACGCAGUUGCUCGGUACCUACCUGUAUGAAAUUGCGAAGGCCUCGCAGUAA